CCGACACACAGACGUCAAGCCAGACGAUUCUGUGAUGUGUGAACGCUUCUUUCAGAUUGAUUUAAUUUUUUAUGUCCAUCACCAACCACUCCCGAAUGGACAAGAUGUUUGAGGGUCCGGGACGUCUCUUCUGGGUUCCUACACAGCUUUAAAAGAUUUUCAAACCUGCUCGCUGCACCAAAUUGUCCUCAUGAAAAGUCUGGGUGGUGGUGUACUUGGUACAAAACAACAACAAAAAUGGUGUCUGCUAUCUUGAUUCUACAGCCCAUAAUUGAAAGGUCAAAUGGCGUUUGAGGAGGCCUGUGCACAUAGACACUCAAGAAGUAACUCCUCAUCCCUGCAUUUUUCAUCUGAAAAUCCCCACAAAGACAAAUAUCCUUACAAUAAAAGGUGAGAUGUCAAGGGUGGUGCCACACAAAGACAGAAAACGAGAGCACACACACACACACACACACACACACACACACCAGCUUGUGUGCAUAGGUAAACAAGGCGGCCCUAUAAAUUUAAAUAGCUGUCAAUGGAGCUGGAAUUCCUUCGCUCUCACUCUGUCAGAAGUGAGUGUGAGUGUGUGUGUCACCCCUCCAGCAGGUGCUGCUGGCGCCUUAACAUAAAGCUAACCCGACGUGGGCUCUUUUCCUAUCCGCCACCAUCAUCAUCACCCAUUUGGCUGCCUGAUGCACCUCCAUCCAUCCCAAAGCGACGCUUGGGCAACCCCUUAGAAGGUCAUCCUUCAUCCGAUUGAAGCCCAACGGCGACAUCACUGCAACUUCGGUCCAUCAAUAACAUCAUCAUCUGUAGCUGCUCCAGGUGUCCGUUAUGUCAAAUUCCAUUGGAGGUUUAGCGGAAGUCAGUGUUUACGGAUCCCGAAUCGGAAUCCCAGAGGAUUCCCUGACCAUCCUUGAGCGAAACAGGGAUUGUGGUGAACCAUGGGACCUGGUGGAAACCAAGCCAGGCAGCAUGUCGGGCCUUUACCUCCCCUGCUUUGACAUGCUGGCCACAGAAGACGCUGCCUGGCUCGUUAAAGUGUCAGAGGGCUCGAACAUGUCUCGGAUGGGGGCGUCCCGAGAGGAGCCUGAGCAGUGCCCGGUCAUCGACAGCCAGGAGCAGGGACUCUCCCCAUCGGGGUUGGAAGGCCCGGAGGCGGAGCGGUCUCUCGAGCAGGUGCAGAGCAUGGUAGUGGGCGAGGUGCUGAAGGACAUCGAGACGGCUUGUAAAUUACUCAACAUCACGCCAGACCCAAUGGAGUGGAACACGGCCAACGUGCAGAAGUGGCUGCUUUGGACCGAGCACCUGUACAGGCUACCCCACGCAGGAAAAGCCUUCCAAGAGCUGAUGGGACGGGACCUUUGCGCCAUGAGCGAGGAGGACUUCCGCCAGCGCUCGCCGCAGUGUGGAGACACAUUGCAUGCACACUUGGACAUUUGGAAGUCUGCUGCCUGGAUGAAGGAAAGGUGCACAGUUGGAGACAGCAAAAGUCCUGGCACUGAGGAACUUUGGUCCGAGGCUGAUUCCUCUUGCUCGGGUCAGCCAAUUCACUUGUGGCAGUUCCUCCGAGAACUUUUGCUCAAACCUCACAACUAUGGACGCUGCAUCCGCUGGCUCAACAAAGAAAAAGGUAUUUUUAAAAUCGAGGACUCGGCUCACGUGGCGAGACUGUGGGGGCUGAGGAAGAACCGUCCCGCUAUGAACUAUGACAAGCUGAGCCGAUCCAUACGUCAGUACUACAAGAAGGGCAUCAUUCGCAAGCCGGAUGUUUCUCAGAGGCUGGUGUACCAGUUUGUGCACCCAGUAUGAAGAGCAAUAUGUGCAAAACGCCACUCAAAUAAAAACAAAAAUAAGACUCCUGGAGGGGACCUCUGGCCAAAAAAGGACAAAGUAUAUAAGUCGCCUUCCACUGCCAGCAACAACCACUAAAUAUAAAAAGACUACAUUGUUUAGCACAAUCUGCCUGUUUCUUUGUUUUUACAAAUAAAUGAUUUUCAAUAUUUUGCUAAUGAAA